AUGAGUGCAACAACAAGUCAUGUUUCAACGUUAAAAUUUAACGAAAUUCCAGUUGAGUUCCAGAAUGGAGUCGCGGCAUUCAAAUGGCCAGAAGAUAAUAAAAAGCCUUUGAAACCCAUCGAAGUUAAGCUAUCUAUCGACGCCAAAGGUUUCUAUUUGAUAUGUGUCUACCAGCAAACGGAAGUAUCGCCGAAUAAAACUAUACAGAAAGUCGAAUGUUUCGAUCUAGCGUUAAUUCACGAUACGCGAACUGGUUCACAGGUGACAAUUCCACCGGAAGCGAAGAAUUGUCCUGAGCUAAAGCUUCAUCUACUGGAUGGAUGGUUUGCCACAAAAUGGCUGACGCUUUCAUAUGGCAACACAUUUGUACCAUCUCACAAUUUCCGUACCGUGCACUUCGUUUUUAAAUCGUCGGAAGUCGCUCGAAAAUGGACCAAACAGUUGUUUGAAUAUGGACAUAAUCAAUUGUUGAGAAACCUGUCGAGUUUGAACUGUUUGGAAAAGAUUCACUCGAAACUCAUUCAUGAGACACUCGAUCGAGAGAAUAAUAUUAUUCCUAUCAAAAGUCUGAUCCAGUUUCUGUCCGAUAAUCGUGAUAGUGUGAAAGAGAAUAUCUGUCAAGCAUUGGAAGCCUGUAAACUCCCACACAAUGCCGAGUCCAAUAUUCAUCCCAGUCAAUUCACCUUCGAUGUCUUCUUUCGUUUGUAUAUGAUUUUAAUGAAUCGUAAAGAAGUUGAUACGUUAUUUCAGCUACUCAAUGAAAGAAAACAAGAUCAUCUUAGUUGUGAAGAUUUGAAGCGAUUCAUAACCAAGCAACAUUAUGGCAGUAACGAUCAUGAUAAAAUGGAAGCGGAGAAAAACGCAGCAAAGGCUCUCAUCCAAAAAUACGCACAAUCAAGCGAAAAUUUCACGCAAGAAGGAAUGACAAAAGAAUCAUUUCUUCGAUACCUACUCAGCUUUGACAAUUCCAUUGUUGAUCCGGUUAAGUAUGAUCUAUUUAUGGAUAUGAACAAACCUCUGUCACAUUAUUUCAUCUCUUCGUCACAUAAUACAUACUUAACAGGAUCACAAUGGACUGGUCGUGCUAGUGAUGAAAUGUAUCGACAAGUUUUAUUGACUGGCUGUCGAUGUAUUGAAUUGGAUGUGGUCGACUCUGAUAGCAGAGGUGAUACGCCGGAAAUCAAGCAUAUUUAUACGCCCGUUAAACCAGUUCCCUUUGUGGAUGUUGUUGCUGUCAUUCGGGAUUACGCCUUUAAAGUUACUUCGUAUCCAUUGGUACUUUCAAUUGAGAAUCAUUGCGGUCCUCGAGCUCAAGCAACGAUGGCCAAAAUUUUUGUUGACUUACUCGGUGAUAGUCUUCUAACUGAACCACUUUCAACACAUCCUUGUGAUGUGAAUAGUCCGCUACCAAGUCCAAACGCUCUUCGCAAUAAGAUUUUAAUUAAAAAUAAAAAAUUACCUUCACAACAAGCCAAACCGAAAGCCAACACUCCUGAUUUAAGCAAACGCUCCAUCAUAACAUCAAGUAGCAGUGAUCCAAACAGAAAUCAAAAUACGAUUUCGUCAACACCCGCUCUCUCACCAUUUCUACGAACAUCUUCGGCUGAAUCAUUACUAGAUAUUGCAACGGUUCACUCCAAUCCACGCUUUAGUAGGAUAUUAGAUGAUUACAAUUUAUCAGAUGACGACAUACGAAUGAAUCGAAACGGCUUAGUCGAAAAUCUAACAUCGAAACCUGAGAAUCCGCCGGAGACCAAGGCCACAAAGGAAAUGUCUGAUCUGGUCAUUUAUACUAUUCCUGUCACGUUUAAAACAUUCAUUCGAGCUCGACAUGUUAAUCGAAGUUGUGAAAUGUCAUCAUUGUCUGAAGAUCAUGCGUCUAGUGUCAUGCGGGAUCAUGCCAGAGACUUUCUCGAAUACAAUCAACGACAAUUGAGUCGAAUUUAUCCACGCGGUACGCGCUGGAACUCGUAUAAUUUCAAUCCAUACCUCUUCUGGCCCAUUGGAUGCCAGAUGGUCGCAUUGAAUUAUCAAAUAUUAGAUCCACCUAUGCAAAUCAAUCUCGGUCUAUUUUCAUUCAAUCGUGCCUGUGGUUACAUAGAAAAACCGGCAGCAUUGUGCGAGCCGCAGAGUUUGUUUGAUCCACGAGUCGCGAAGGAUAUUGAAAACAUCGUCAGCUAUGACAUUAAUAUCAAAGUCAUUUCGGGACAAUUUUUAUGCCAAAACUGUGAGCCAACGAACGUCGAUAUUCAAUUGUAUGGAAUGUAUGGUAAUUUAACGAAGCAAUACGAUUGUCGCAUUCGUGCAAAACAAUGGAAUGGAUUUCAAGCUGUUUACAGCGAUCCGGAAAAUCUGAAGUCAUCGAAAUUUUCUGCUCGAUUUAGUCAAAUUAUUUUACAAGAGAUGGCCGGUAUACGUUUCUCUGUUACAUCAGCCGACAAUGUUUUGGUUGGACAAUAUUUUCUUCCUGUAUGUCAUUUACGUUCGGGAUAUCGACACAUCGUUCUUCGAAAUGAAAUGAACAUUCCCGUACGUGCGGCAAGUUUAUUCGUCUACGUUCAACGCAAGAUUCACGCUAAAGGGAAAGAUAAAAACUUUAUGAAACCAUCGAAUAAUCUACAGCCGAUUAAAAACGACAAUUUGAACAAUACACUCGUCAAUAGAAAACCAGAGGAUACUAACUUCGAAAACUGUAGUUCUUCGAACCUUAGUGGAAGUGAACUUCUCUCCAGAUCAGAGGAGACGAUCGAAUGGUAUCAUCAUCACGUCAUCCAUGGUAGCUCAUUUAAUGAAAAGAGAAAUUUUGAGAUUCGCUCAUUCAAUGAUAUAAAACGAGGUGAAUACGAUCAACUGGGAAACGAUAUUCAUAAUAAAUGCAGAGCGGUUUUUGAUAAAUAUCAGCAGGAUGGUGAUCUACCUCAAGAACGUUUGAUGAAACUCUACAAAGAAAUACUUCGUGCCAAAGAGAAAGCGACAUGUGAACUAAUAGACAAAUUCUUCAAUAGAAAAAAGAGGGAUGUCACAAACGAAUACUGGGAAAAACUUAGAGAGCUCUCCAGGAUACGAAGAAAAGAAAUGUCGCAACUAGACAAGGAUAUCGAAGAUCAGAGAAAAUCUGACCUAAGUAAGAGGGAGAGCAUGGAGAAAAUUCUAAUGAAACCUGUGAUGUUCAGAGAGCAAAACAAAAACAAGAGUAAGGACCGUGGAGCAAUCACCAGGGAAAAGUUGAACAAGAUGUACGAAGAAGCAAAACAAACGCUUGAGGAAAGCUACCAAAAAAAUCUUGAUCAGCUCGAGGAAAAACGAUCCUCGGAAAAACGAGGAUAUAUUGAACAAUUCGAACAAGAACUUGACAACUCGAGACGUCGUCUAAACUAUCAACUAAACCAAAAUGGAUAUGGUCCUGUCUCAUGCAAUGAUAAUCCAAUGUCGACAAUGCGUCAUGCAAGAAUCUUUGCCGCUUCUGCAUCAACCGAUGAACCUUUCGCAUUGGAAAAUGGUGAUGUGUUCGAUCCACAGCCACGGCGGCAAACAAUGGACUCAUAA